CGGCGGCGCGGUCCCCGCAGCAGCGAGGCUGGGCGGGCCGGCGCCUCACGCCCUCCCGCCAGGCCGCCAUGCAGGGCCCCGCCGGGAACGCGAGCCGCGGACUGCCGGGCGGGCCGUCCUCCACUGCCGCGUCCGGGGCGGGCCGCUGUGAGAGCGGCGCGCUCAUGCACAGUUUCGGCAUCUUCCUGCAGGGGCUGCUCGGCGUCGUGGCCUUCAGCACAUUAAUGCUCAAACGCUUCAGAGAACCAAAGCAUGAGAGACGUCCAUGGAGAAUAUGGUUUUUAGAUACUUCCAAACAAGCCAUAGGGAUGCUGUUCAUCCACUUUGCAAAUGUGUACCUGGCAGAUCUUACUGAAGAGGACCCUUGCUCACUGUACCUCAUCAACUUCCUCUUGGACGCCACUGUGGGCAUGCUGCUCAUCUAUGUGGGAGUGCGCGCUGUCAGUGUCUUGGUAGAGUGGCAGCAGUGGGAAUCCCUGCGUUUUGGUGAAUAUGGAGACCCUCUGCAGUGUGGGGCCUGGUUUGGGCAGUGUGCCCUUUACAUCGUGAUCAUGAUCUUUGAAAAGUCCGUCGUCUUCAUCGUCCUUCUCAUACUUCAGUGGAAAAAGGUGGCCCUACUGAAUCCCAUUGAAAACCCAGACCUGAAACUGGCCAUCGUCAUGCUGAUCGUCCCCUUCUUUGUCAAUGCAUUGAUGUUUUGGGUAGUGGACAAUUUCCUCAUGAGAAAAGGAAAGACGAAAGCUAAACUAGAAGAGAGAGGAGCCAACCAGGACUCAAGGAAUGGGAGUAAGGUCCGCUACCGAAGGGCGGCGUCUCACGAGGAGUCGGAGUCUGAGAUCCUGAUCUCGGCCGAUGAUGAGAUGGAGGAGUCCGACGUGGAGGAGGACCUCCGCAGACUGACCCCACUCAAGCCUGUGAAGAAAAAGAAGCACCGCUUCGGGCUGCCUGUAUGACACAUUCCAUGCUGGGGGUGACAAGUUUGGGGCCAGCCAGCUGCUGGGUCAGCAGGUGGUCACCCCACAGCGUCAUCCCUUCCCUCCUCUCUCUGCCCCUCCUCUUCUACCUCCACUCCUCUCGCUGUCUCUGCCCACUCUCUGCCCACCCCCAGACUACUGUGACUUAAAAAGAGGGAACAGGAACCAGCACCCAAGGGGGCCAUGGGCAGCUGGAGGUCCCCGCUCAGUUGCACUACAAACACUGACCAAAUAUGCAAGCAAAGAGCUUUGUUUGUUUGUUGAUGUCCUGCACAGUGUUGUGAGGGACCCCGAAGCCCCUGUCCUGUGUCUGACCGGGUGGUGCGGUACAGGAAAACACAGGCCCGCACAGACCGCGGGUGGGUCUCUCCCCAAGGCUGCAGGCAGCGAGGACACUUGACGUGCUUGGGGCUAAAGUCACUCACUGACCAAGUUGGAACCGGAAUGCUUUCUUACUCAAAAUGGCUUUUGUAACUCUUGAUUUCUAAAGCCGGUUUUAUGAGCUAUGACAGUGUUAACUGUUUUUUGAGUAUGUGUUUAUUUCCUACAAAGUACCUAUGGGACUAAUGGGCAAAACCUAGAUUUUUAAGUCUUCCGUAUGCUGUUUGACUUUUAUAUUUUUAAGUUAUAUUUUCAUACUAUUGUAUUUAAAAACUCUUUUUAAUCCCCAAAGAAAUGGAUUUGUUUGCCUUUCAUGGGGUAUGAGCUGUGGGAGGAAGAAGUCAAGAGUUUUUCUACUUGGGAUAUUGUUAGGUAAUGUCCUACGAUAAGAUGAGGCAAGUGACCCCAGGGGGCAAGGUGGACGGCCUUUGCCUGGAAUCAGAACCCAUGGUUGUGGAAGGUCAGGUCUGUGCAUGAGGCAGCUGGUCUGAAGGUGGAUCUGCGUGCCUCAGAGUGUGUGGAACAGGAGGGGAUCUGCCAGGACCCCAGUCACUUCUGCUGGCAGGUUAGAGGUCUUGGUUUAACUGGUAAAGGAGCCUAAGAGUUAGGUUUUUGUGUCCAGAGGAAUCAAGAGCAUGGGCUGCUUGUGUUUGUUCCCUGCCUCUCCCCAGAGCUUCCAGAUCUCAAGUGUAAAAUAGUCCCAGCCUCUCAGCCUCUACUACAGCAGCCUGCAGAGUCAAUCCUGUUCUGGUGCCUGUCACCUGCUGUUAUCUGCUCAUUUUACAUGGAAGUCUGGAGAACAUCCACAUGGCCAGACGAGCCUGUUUUCAGUCCCCACUUCCCCACUCUGCAGAGCAUGGUGGCUGGGGUGGGCAGGUAGAGGUGAGAGAACCUGCUGUCUAAAUCCAGAGGCUGCAGCCCCUCCUCACAUGGUAGCACCUGCUCCUCAGCCUGGCCACAGACCCCUGUGGUUCGGAGAGUUUGCUGAAUAGAGGUGGAGCUGGCUGAGCCCAGCACUUUCCUGCUGUGGAAGCAGCAGGGUGGAGUUGCCCAGUGGUUUGUCAUGCCAAGAGGCAGCCACAGACCCUUAGGAAUAGAAAACCACACUGCUAUAAUGCGGGCAACAAGUGAGACAAGCACAGAGGCCAUUCCACUCAGAACCAUCUUUUUAAACCUGCGUAAAAACAUGUUCUACUUCAGCAUAAUGGGUCUGAAUGUGUUUGUGGUAUGUGAGCCAGACUGUUGAACCAGGCACCUGGAACUGUCGCCUGCUGCUGCUCGUGGUCCUGCCUGUCUUGGACAUGGUGGAAUAGCUUAGGGAGGCCCUCUCCGACCCUCUUCCUCCAGGAAUGCGGACAACUGUGAAGAACAGGGACUGUAGCUGUGCAGUAGGAGGUGACUCCACCAGUGUGGGGAUCGCUGCCAGAGGAGGGGACAGGCUGGCAGUGAGCGAGAUGGAGCCUGCCCAGGUCCCACAAUGUUCCUGCUCUCAUUCACUCUCUUUGGUGAGAGAGAAGACUGUGGUCUUUCCCUACCACGUCUCCAGUGGGGCUCUCUUGGGUUGCCCAUCCCCAGACUACUGUGACUGGCAAGACCCAAGACUGGCAUUUCUGGGGAGACUGUCACUGAAUUGAAGCUUCAUGUUCAGUCUUGAGUUCCCAGUGUUUCCAAACCAGGUUCAGGGGUAGGGGACCACUGUCUGUAAAAGAAGGAAACUUGGGGUUGUGUACACCUCAGAGGAUCUCAUAUCCACGCUUGUCCCAGCAUCCACUGAACAGUGAGCUUGAGGGACAGAGGUAGCAAGUAAGUGCUGGUGGUGUCCUGUGUCCUGAUUGUUGUUAAUAAGGGCUUGAGUCUCCAAGCUGCAGCUGUGUAACUGGCUGACAAGGGUGGAGGUCGAACAGGGAGUCUGUCUGAUCCCAGGGGCCUCUUGGUGUGCGGGCUUGGACAGUGUGGCAUCAUCACGUGUUAGGCCUUCCUAUCCUCCUGUGCCCUGGGAGAGCCUUCAGCUCUCUAGUCACUGGGGCUCUUACAUGGCACACUCUCCCAUGAAAGCAACUCAAGAGAGCUGUGGUCAGGACUUCCUCCUGAGCUGUCCUCCCUCCCUGGGAUGAGUUUCCUCACCACCUGCUCCGAGGUGCCUUACGAGGUGCAGCCCUUCACUGGCUAAUGGCAGGCGUCACCGUGCUUGAGAAAUGAUGGGAUACUGACGGAAUAUUGUAUACGGUCAAUCUGAUUUGUCCAAAUCGGAACCUUGGCCAAGCCACCCACGAUGGAAGCUUGAAGUCAAGGUCAGGAACAGGUUUCUUGUAACUAUUGAAAAUAAACCAAUAUGGCAGAACUGUGAUUUGAUUGGAAAAGGUGGUUGUUGCUGUUAUUUCCUUUUGGCUGUCAUUAGGACAUUGACAAUGGCAAGGGAGAUGGUGAUGAGAUCCUGGGUGGCAGUGGCUUCUCAGUCCACACAGCCUGAAGAUGUGCAAGGUGAGGGUCUGUGGCCCCUCAGCCCUUGAGCACUGUGAUGGCCUCCUGCCACAACUUUCACUUGUGCCCUCCCUGGUAACAGGGAGUCUUAGGUUAAUGUCACCUCUCAUGCCUCUUUCUU